AUGCAGACGAUUGAUAUAGCCGUACUCGGCGCACCCGCCGUUGGUAAGAGCGCUAUUAUUCAACAGUACAUGCACUGUACCUUUCCGAACCAACACUCACCAACUAAAUCACCGUCCACGCAUAAUCCAGUUGUGUUAGCGAAUACGAGGCUCUAUCAACUGAAUAUAAUCGACACCCCUCCACUGCAAUACUUUCAAAUGAAGAGUUUCUACGACUGGGUGGACUUUCAUUCAUAUUCGGACAAAGUGAAAGAUGCCUCAGCGUUUAUUCUAAUUUUCGAUGUCUCUAAUUCUGACAGUUUUCAGUACGUCAAAGAUCUACGCGAACAGAUAAUAGAUUAUCGCGGUGGUGGUAUGAGUGAUGUAACUACGGUGAUCGCGGGGAAUAAAUGUGAUCUGGGUAAAUGCAAUGGCCUGUCCAGGAGAGACGUGUCGCAUGUUAUCAGAAAGAACUGGAAGUCCGGAUAUGUUGAGUGUUCUGCAAAAUACAAUUGGCACAUUGUUUCCUUAUUCAAUGAAGUGAUGAAACUGAUAGAUGCGAAUUGGGAUAAACCACCGACCGUUGGCAAAAUGAGAGGUCGAAAUAGCUGUCUCAUAAUGUGA